AUGGUCAUGGCCGAGGACGAGGACAUCGUUGGCCAGGACAUCGAGAUAGCGGUGCCGCGAUCCGGGGGCCGCACCAUCCCCUCCGCUUCAAAGCGGCCCAAGGUGGAGCACGUCAGCGACGAUGAGGUGGACGAUGAUGAGGAGUCGGAGGACGAGGAGGAGGUGACGGCCCUUGCGGCUGCGCAGCCCGCCGAGCCUCGAAACGAGGUGGAGAAGGAGACGAAAGAGUUCCGGACCAAUGCCGUCCACGUCUACGGCCUGGAUUUCCUCAAGACCAACCACAUGGAGGAGAUCUUCAGCCAGUUUGGCUACAAGUAUGUGGAAUGGCUUAAUGCCUCCAGUGCCAACAUCAUCUUCAAGAACGCUGAGGGUGCCAAGAAGGCUCUCGAGGCUUUGUCCUUCCCCAAGACGGAGGACGAGCCUUGGAGAAGAACGCCUGACAUUCUCGUGAGCGAGGAUGUGCCACCCAUCUUCCUACAGAUGCGCCUGGCGACUGCGGACGAUGUGAAGAAGGCCAAGCGAUCGGUGCCCAAGGCGAUGACGCCCAUGCACUACGCGGAGGUCUUUCAUCGCAACCAGGCGAUGGCCAUGCGCCAAGGGGGCCGGCCACGGCAGGGCGGCAAGGGGAAGGGGAAGUCGGGGAAGCCGAAGGCGGGCACAAAGCGGCUGCAGGUGAGCGAGGAGGAGGUGCAGAAGCGUCAGAAGCGCACGGAGCGCUUCGGCGAUGAUGAGGUGUCCGUCGUCCAGCCAGGGGAUGCGGUAGAGGAGGCCGCGCCGAGUCCGCCGGCCGCCGACGCUGCCAAGGCGCCCUCCGCGGGGCCCAAGCGGGUCGUGGGCGUCCCGGCGCCGAAGAAGGAGGCCGCGCCCUCCGCCACUCCGACGACAGCGCCGACACCAGCACCGAAACUGGCCUCGGCACCUCCCAAGGUUGUGGGCGUGCCAGCCCCAAAGAUUGCCAGCAAGCCCGUGGAGGACCAGGCGGCGGCGGCGGCGUCGACAGAGCCGCCAACAGCAACGGAAGGAACGGAAGGCGGCAAGGAGACCUCAUCAGAAGCGCCGCCUGCAGAUGCGGCCGUCGCAAAGCAGCCAGCCGAUGGCGAGUCGAAGUGA